CUUGAAUCUUGCCGGAGAAGGCCGAGUUGUUACGGUUGACGCCCAAAUGUUAUCGCGCAUGCGCUUUGUUGAAUGUUCGUCACGUAUUUGCUUUAAUGGCGGCCGUAAAUGUAUUGAAUAAGAUCUAAUGGCAAAACAAUGGCCUCUUAUAGAGAAUCAUUAAAGGAGAAGGAAGCACAGAACUGGGUAAAGGCCGCCCUCGCCCUCAACAUCACCAAGGACGGAUCACAAGAUUUUCUGGAGGACGUACUGACAUGCGUUCACCAGGACAUCUAUAGCACCGUUAGAACAUCCAAGGGUCUUUCAUCCGGGGCAGCAUGUGCACAUUGUUUCACAGAAAACGUGUUGAAGUGCCCAACUCGUGGGAUAUGCACCAGUACUAGAAACUGUAGAUUUCAUAACUGUCCUCAAAAACUGUAUGCUCCUUGUCCAAAUGGGAUUUGUGAAGGCGUCCGUGAUGAAAUAGUCAAACAUCACAGGUUUUCGGGACCAUCAUGGAAGAAUACGAAUGCCGACAAAUGGAGCACCAUUCCCUGGGAGAUAGGCAAGUGUUUCCUGCCUCCUGAUGGCUACAAUACCGUGUCCUCCAUCAAAGACAGUGACUUUAACGGAGUGAUCAGCGUCAUGAUAAAUUGCGAGGAUUUCCAGAACAAGCUGUCAUUUAACGUUGCAACACAGCCAAAUUUGUUAACAGAGGUUCGAGACAUUGGUCGACCCAUACGCCAUUCCCAUGACCAGAGGGUCAAGGACACAGAACUAGUGGACUUCCUGUUCAAGCUACGCACCCUGCUGGAGGAUAAGACUGAAUUAAUAAACAGACCCGAGGCACAACGCGCUGUGGAACAGCUUAAGAAGCUGCAAACAGACGAUUUCAAGAUCAGUGCUGAGAACGAAGGGGAGAUAUUGAAGGAAGGAUUACGACUACGUUUGGCAAACCAUUACCGAACCACGUUGGCCGACAUGCCGAUAUCUCCCAUUCUCGGAGAAAAGAACGCCAAACUCGGGAAAUUUUACGUGGCACCGAAAAUUGUGGAGAAAGAUCAUCGAAAAAUCGGCAAAAUUGACGACAAAGAAAGCGGUCAAAAAAUUGCAAAAUUUUCAGAUGUUUUCAAAAAAGAAAUUCAGUUGCUCAGAAAUGUUUUCCUUGUUGGAGAACCGGGCAAUGGCAAAUCCACAUUCUCCGUAAUGUGUGCCCUGGAUUGGACUCACCAAUAUUUACCAGCGGAGGAAAACGUCGGUAUUAAAACAAGCUUUGCCGACCCAGAAUUCUUCAAAGAGUUUGCAUUUUUGUUUCAUGUCACCCUACGAGAUUCAGGUAAAACGUGUGAUCUAGCACAAAUGAUCAAGGAUCAACUUAUACGUAAAAUCUACCACGAGAAGGAUGCCGAUGAUGGUUACCGGCUAUUACAGACGGUGCUGGAAAGUGAAACAUGUUUAAUCAUAGCUGACGGCCUCGACGAAUGGACCCAUCCGGAAAACGUAAACUGUACCUGCAACACUGAGGAAAAAGUCAUUCCUUUCCGAAAUUCGGCCAACAAGGCCACACUCCUCACGACAACGCGUCCCUGGCGAAUGUCACAGUUUAGAGUGCAGGAUUCAAAGAUCGACAAAUAUCUUGAAAUAGAAGGAGCUGCAGACACAGAGCAACUCGUGGAAAAUAUCAUCAACAUUCUUAAUGGGGGAAAUGAGGAUGAACGGACACCAGAGGCUUUCAUGAGAAUGGCGUCAGAGAAGGAUCUUGAAAGAUUGUUGUCAGCACCUAUCAGUAUCACCCAGCUCGUGUGCCUGUGGUUCGAGGGCAAAUCGUUAACCGAUUCAAAGUGUGACAUUUAUGCUGGCGUGAUAAACAUGCUAUCAUGUAGAUGUAGUUAUAUGCAACGGAAGCAUAAAAUUCCGAAAAUUGAACUGCCAUCUGUAUUAAACGAACAUGAAUGCUUCGUGCAAAAUCCCAUGGUUUAUCUUGCGCUGGCAAAGUUAGCAUACACAACUUUGUAUUCAGAGUGCAGAGAUUCGUCUGUUGUUUUCAGCGACAAAACAGUCAACGCUUUGUUAAGCAGGGAGCAGGUUGAAUUUGCAUUGAAGUCUGGCUUACUCACGGAGAAGAAAUCCAACUCAUUGAUCAAGAGAUCAUCUCACUUUUCAUUCUUUCAUAAAACACUUCAAGAGUUUUUAGCGGCUCUUCAUUUAUGUUUGAAUGAAAACGACUUCAGUCAGCUAUCAAACAAGUACGAACCAGAUAAUAAGGAAAAUAUCUUAGGAGAUGUUUCUCAGACAUUUAUUUUCAUAUGUGGAAUGAAGCCCGAGCUCGGUGUACAAAUGUCUUCAUGGAUCAAUAGUUCUAUACAACCAUACCAACCAUCAAUCGACGAUAGAGAGGCUGAACUACUUCAGCCCCUGAUUCUCUCCGGACACCGUGAAGCCAGGGCGAACAAUCAUGGUGACAUACCGCUCUAUCUCGCACACUUCUUGAUUGAAAGUGACGAGGAUGUCGUAGUGUUAAAAAAGCUGAUGAUGAUAAACAAGGAACGUAUUCAGUCACUACACAUCAUUGAAUACAAUGAUCAAAUUAAUGGGGAAGAGCUGCAGGAGGUGAUCACAUCCUCCUCCGACUCCCUCAAAGCAGUGUCACUGCGGUACCAUGAUGGGCAGUAUGACCUGUCCCAGUGUCACAGGCUGGAAUCUCUGUGUAUAGUGGGAGACGAUAUAACACCUGUGCAGGUUGAUCCAACACAUAUUACAGCAUGUCACUUAUAUCGUGUAUCAUCGAAUGUUGAAAUGUACAUAUUUAGAUUAUUUAAACACGAUCAAAGGUGGAGUAAACUACAACAUGUUGAUUUAAGUAGCGUUAAGAAUGUCCAGUUACUUGUGGAUACACUACCAAGUCUCCCUCAGUUACAACGCCUUGAGAUAACGCAUACAGAUCUAGGUGAGCUCCACCUCCUCCCUCCAGCCUCCAUCACCGAUAUUACACUUUGGUUUGUGACAAUGACAGCGGAGGCGGUGCGGAGUCUGAUAGAGACGAUGAAGAACAUACCACACACCAUUACAUGCUACAUGUGGCGCUGCUGGGUGGAACCUGCCAGUGAGAUGAAAGACAUCCGAGAACAUAUGAACAGUUCGCCGUCAUUCAAGGUUCUCAAGUUCGACGAUACGAGUGAAGGGCUUUAUUUCGAAUUCACCAAAAUGUUAACAAUAAGUUAAAUGUUAGCAUCGAUUAUGGGAAUUCAUGUUUGAUGAAAAACAGUGAAACAAUCAAUGGGGAAGUGUCAUUCUAUUUAUAGAUAUGUAUGUCACUUUUUCCAGGAACUAAUUAUUAUCAACCACUUUCUAUGUGUAUUCAGUUAAUUUGAUUUAUGUUGUGUAUUUACAUGCAUCCAAAAAUAGAUUUAACUGUACACAGUAAUGUCGUUGGGGCUGGUGUUAUUAAAUAUAUCGAACUUGGAUGAAAACUUUCUUUUUAUACGCCCGAAGGGUCGUAUUAUGUUAUGGCCUCCAUCGUCUGUCCGUCCGUCUGUCUGUCUGUCCGUCCGUUAGCAAUUCCGUGUCCGGGCCAUAACUUGGUAACUAAUAAAGCGAUUUUCAAAUAACUUUAUACAAAUCAUCACUACAUUAAAAGGAUGUGUCGCGCGCAAUUUCCAGGUCCAUACCUCAAAGACUAGAAUCACCAUGGGGGUGCGUUAGCAAAUCCGUGUCCGGGCCACAACUUGGUCACUAAUAAAGUCAUUUUCAAAUAACUUUAUACAAAGCAUCAUUACAUUAAAAGGAUGUGUCGCGCGCAAUUUCCAGGUCCAUACCUCAAACACUAGAAUCACCAUGGGGGGCGUUAGCAAUUCUGUGUCCGGGCCACAUCUUUGUUACUAAUAAAGUGAUUUUCAAAUAACUUUAUACAAAUCAUCACUACAUUAAAAGGAUGUGUCGCGCGUAAUUUCCAGGUCCAUACCUCAAAGACUAGAAUCACCAUGGGGGUGCGUGUGUCCGGGCCACAACUUGGUCACUAAUAAAGUCAUUUUCAAAUAACUUUAUACAAAGCAUCAUUACAUUAAAAGGAUGUGUCGCGCGCAAUUUCCAGGUCUAUACCUCAAACACUAGAAUCACCAUGGGGGGCGUUAGCAAUUCUGUGUCCGGGCCACAUCUUUGUUACUAAUAAAGUGAUUUUCAAAUAACUUUAUACAAAUUAUUACUACAUAAAAGGAUGUGUCGCGCGCAAUUUCCAGGUCCAUACCUCAAAGACUAGAAUCACCAUGGGGGUGCGUUAGCAAAUCCGUGUCCGGGCCACAACUUGGUCACUAAUAAGUCAUUUUCAAAUAACUUUAUACAAAGCAUCAUUACAUUAAAAGGAUGUGUCGCGCGCAAUUUCCAGGUCCAUACCUCAAACACUAGAAUCACCAUGGGGGGGCGUUAGCAAUUCUGUGUCCGGGCCACAUCUUUGUUACUAAUAAAGUGAUUUUCAAAUAACUUUAUACAAAUCAUCACUACAUUAAAAGGAUGUGCCACAUGCGAUUUCCAGGUCCAUACCUCAAAGUCUAGAAUCACCAUGGGGGGACGUUAGCAAUUCCAUGUCCAGGCCAUAACUCAAAGACUAGAAUCACCAUGGGGGGGCGUUAGCAAUUCUGUGUCCGGGCCACAUCUUUGUUACUCGUCCGUUAGCAAUUCCGUGUCCGGGCCAUAACUUGGUAACUAAUAAAGCGAUUUUCAAAUAACUAUACAAAUCAUCACUACAUUAAAAGGACCUCAAGCCGAAUCUUCUUCGGGCGUAUAAUGCUCCGUUUCGCGGUGCUCUUGUUUAAUUAUAACACAACAGUCCGUAAUCAACACGUGCAAUAGUCGGUUCAACUUGUUGGACAUUUUUUUAAAAGAAUCCCUCAAUAAAUCAACUAGUUUCCUAGUUACUUCGCUAAGAGAUUAUUAAUUGAUAUGGAAUAUUUAACUUAUUUCUUUAUUCAAAAUGGCAUUCUAGCUCAGCUGUUUUUUUAUAUUCUGUAUUAUAGAAAUGUAUCAAUAACACGUUGACUUUUUUAAUUUUUAUGAUCUAUUACAUAAAUUUCACAUUAUUAUAAUGCUAUCUACAAAACUAUGAUAUCAUUUAUGCACCAGUCAAUUGUAACCACGGCCAUCAGGUACGGGGGUAUACCGGGGAAAGGCGGGGAAAUUGGCCGUGUUUUUACCUUCCAGGUGGCCCUGCAGUGCCGUGUGAGUGCGGUGGUUUUGUCUUCGCGCCAAAUAUAGCGAGGAAUUGGCCUUACCUAGGGUCCCUGGGGUGCGAGGGCAUUAAACGGGGACCUUACCAGCAAUUCGUCCCCGCAAGACGGGGAUUUUACCCGGGCUUGGCAGGAACGAAAGUCAAAGUCCCCGCUAUUCCCCGGACCUGGGGGAGGGGCGUAGUUAUAAUUGACUGGUGCAUUAUCGACAAAUGCUUCAAAGGAAAUACCCAAACAAUAAACACAUUGAGUUACCUAAAUAAUAGAAUAUACAAUGCCCUAUUAUUAAACAUGUCACACAAUUGGAGUAUUAUUGAAGAAGAUAUGAUUAAAUGUUGAAAAUA